AUGGCGACCUACGAUACCCACCUGAACGGCAUUUACAUGCCUCUCAGCAAAGAGGCCGUCCACUCCCAUAUGACAGAUGGCAAUGACGCAGAUCUGUCUACAUCACCCGACACCCAUAACCACUCAAUUGAAAUGGGCCGUACCAGGCGUAUGCCCCGAUCCAGCGAGAUUCUAUCCCGGGAUGGCAGCCCUACUGGAUCCACAAGAUCUUACAGCAACGGUCACAGCCACGGCCACAGCCUGAGUACGCGCCGUCGGAUCAGUCGAAGCCGCGCAUCAUCAUGGGGUACAAGUUACCAACGACACCAUAGUUCCGAAGUGAGCAAGGAACUUACGGCUCAGGCCGAGGGUGAGUUCUUUGCUCUCACGGAGCUUAUGGCCAGCAUGUCCCGACGUAGCGGCUCUUUGAGAGAAGUCUGGAACAAAAUCAUUGCCGAGCGCGAGUCCUGCUACGCUGAGAUGGACAGAAUGCAUGAACGCAUUGAAGAGUUCUCCGAGAUCAUUGAGAUUAAGGAGAAGGAGCACAGCCAUAACCACCAUGAGCAUGAGGAGCGCCAGCAGGAAAUACUCAAGAUCCGUCUCCAGCUCAAGGCAGCCUCCAAUAGCACCGCCGAGUUCAAGACGAAACUCGCAGAGAGAGACGCUGAGUGCCGAAACCUCCUGCAUGAGAUUGCCCAGACCAAAGACAGUCUCACACACGUCAGAAAAGAGCAUGAGGAGAUGAAGAAAACUACUGAGCACCAGAGACAAACGUUGAUGGCUACUGAGACCGCCCGUGUCGACCUCGAAGACAGGUUCGGCAAGCUCCGCGUUGAUCGUGACAACUUGGACCUGAAGUACACAGAGCUGCUUUCACGUCACGAGGAACUCAACAGCAAGUUUGACACACAGCACAAAGAACUCGUGCACUUCAAGCAGAUUAACACAGUGCUGAAGAAGGAGAAGCACGAGUGGCUCCACAGAGAGGGCGAAUUCGAAGAGCAGCUGCGCAAGUACGACCACAAGCAUGAUGAGGUCAAGCGCAAGCUCAAGGAUCUGGAAGAGCGCUACGAAAAGAAGCAGCUCGAAGUCAAGGAGCUACAGGAGACCAUCCCCAAGGUCGAGCAGCGUGUAACCAAGGUGAAGCACGAGAAGACAGAGCUUGAGCAGCACAUUGAGAAGCUGAAGCGAGACAUCAUCAAGGAGCACGGCAAGUGGGAAGAGGCCGAGGACCGUUGCGGCAAGUGGAAGCUCAAGUGGGAGCACUCCGAGCGUGAGAUUGCUUCUGCCCGCGAAGACAUCGUUCGCAUUGAGCUUAGUCACACUGAGCUCCGCGACACCAUCUCCAAGAAGACCGAAGAGCUCCGUCUUCUCCUCCUCGAGAAGAAGCGUCUUGAGGAGGAGAGCAGCCGCAACUGCGGCCGCGCCGAUGAGAACCAUCGCCAGCUCCUUAUCGUGCAGGAGUCGCUCAACCACACUGAAUCAUCUCUCAUCAAGUCACAGGAGGAAGUCCACUCCAAAAUUGAGCGCAUUGAAAAGCUCGAACUGGACUACAACACCGCAAAGACCAGAGCCAAGGACUUUGAGAUCGAGAUACAGACCCACAAGUCCCUUAUCGCCACCCUCAAGCUUGAGGUCGACAACCUCACCACCGAGUGCACUUCCCUCAAGCACAAGUGCCGCGACUGGGAGGGAAGAUAUGAGGAGGUCUGCGAGAGCGUCACCGAGUACGAGGACGGCAGCUCCGGGUUCGAGUUCGAGAUUUCCAGCAUGCGAACCAUGCUCCGCGAAGCAAGAGAGCAUAAGGAGAAGGCUAUUAGCGCACGCAACGCGGCCGAUCGCGAGCGUGAUGAAGCUAUUGCCAAGUACGAGGAGAAGUGCCGCGAGAUGGAGAGGCUGGAGGAGAGGAUGACCCAGCACAUGCACGAACAGCAGACCCGUCGUGCUAGCAGCGGAAAGACGGUUGUUCGACACUUUUCCAAAAGCGGUCACAGCCACAUGACGAACGCCAGCGAGUUUGGAACUGUUGAUGCUCACUGUUGA